UUUAGUACAUGUAUUGGACUUUGUCCCACAUGCUCAGGCUUGCUGACUGAGACGUGAGGCCAGUAUAAAAUACAAUCCCGCUUCCUGACGAUGGACAGCUCAAGGCAAACAUCUGGAAUAGGAUUAAUCAAAAUUCAGAAAAUGUCCAAGGCGGUCUCUGUAUUCCUGGCAGUCCUCUGCUGUCUAGUGCUCAGAUCCUCUUACUGUAAAGGCAGUAAGAUCCUGGUGUUGCCUGUUGACGGCAGCCACUGGAUCAACAUGAAGGUUAUCCUGGAACAGCUUCACUCCAGGGGCCACGAAAUCACCGUUUUGCACUCCGCCAAAAGCUGGUACAUCACCAAUAGCUCUUCCAUUUACACCUCAAUUCAUAUUCCAACAGUACUCGAUGAGAUGGACAGGAACUUUUACAUGAAAAUGAUGCAGGAUGUCAUGGAUUGCCGUGGCCAUCCUACUUUUAUACGCUCAUUUUGUCAACACAAAUUGAUUACAAUGCUGUUAAAAGACAUGCAUAAGAUCACGUCUAUAAUGACUAAUAAUAUUUUUGAGGAUGAAACACUAAUGAAGACACUCAAGGAUACCAAGUUUGACCUCAUGUUGACAGACCCUGCGUUUCCUAUGGGGGUUAUUCUUGGUGGUUACCUCAAGCUGCCAAUGGUUUGUAAUGUCCGCUGGAUUAAUAAUGGAGAGAGUCAUCAAUCCAUAGCUCCAUCUCCUGUCUCCUAUGUCCCUAUAUCAGGAAGUGAACUUCAUGAUCAGAUGGAUUUUCUAGAGAGGACAAAGAAUAUGUUGCAUUAUCUCUACAAUCUUUAUGAGUUGUACGUUGUCGUUAACCCAGCCUACACAGAUCUCUUCCAGAAAUACUUCCCUCCUGGGACUGACUUGGUGUCUUUGGAGCUCUCAGCUGAUAUCUGGCUUUGUAGAGGAGAUUUUAUCUUUGACUUCCCUCGGCCCACCAUGCCCAAUAUGGUUUACAUAGGGGGCUUCCAGGGCAAGGAGGCCCAACCUCUGCCUGAUGAGUUGGAGGCAUUCAUGCAGACCUCUGGAGAACACGGGGUGGUGGUCAUGUCUGUAGGGACAUUUGUGUCAGUUCUGCCCCCUGAGAUCACAGAAGCCAUUGCUGCUGCUUUUGCUGAGCUCCCUCAGAAAGUGAUUUGGCGUUUUGAUGGUGACAAGCCUUCAUCUUUGGGCAAAAACACCAAGCUGGUGAAAUGGCUUCCCCAGAAUGAUCUCCUGGGACAUCCUAAGACUAAAGUCUUCAUAGCCCAUGGAGGAACCAAUGGCAUGUAUGAGGCCGUCUAUCAUGGUGUUCCUGUUCUGGGUUUGCCCCUCCUAUUUGAUCAAUUUGACAACCUACUCCGACUGAAAGUUCGCGGAGCAGCUAGGGUGGUGGAGGUCCGAUCACUGACCAAAGACAAUUUCCUGGAGGCUCUAAAGGACAUCUUGGAGAAUCCAUCUUACCGUGAAAACAUCCAACGUCUCUCUCAGCUACACCGUGACCGACCAAUGUCUCCAAUGGACACAGCCAUCUUCUGGAUAGAGUACGUCAUCAGGAACAAAGGAGCCGCCCACCUGCAGUCCGCAGGUUUCAGCCUGCCUUGGUAUUCCUACUACUGCCUAGAUGUAGCAGUCUUUGUACUGGCUGUAACUGGGAGCUCCAUCUGGGGUUUCAUGUUUGUCUGUAGGUUACUCUGCUGUAAGAGGUCCAGCAAGAAGAUCAAACCAGAGUAAUUCAUUUAAAAAAUUACUUCCAUUUUAAUAACUAUACAGCUUUGCUACAGUGUCCUCCCUGUAGCUUAACCAAAAACAACAAGCUGUGCAAUAUACCAACAUUUCUGCCUCAUAUUCAAUGUUAAUACCAUACAAUUGUUAACUAUCUUACAUUAAAAUGUUAUUUCUGGACAUAUUGAAUUUAGAAAAAAAGGGAUUUUGCAACAGACCUGUUUCUCAGUAAAAUACAACAUUAAUACUAACAUUAGUAGAUGGUAGUAUUAAUGUUUAUGAAGGAGGCCUGUCAAGGAAAGAUGAUAGGAAAAAGCCACUGGAAAAACAUCACACUUUCAGGGAUAUUUGACUUUUUAGAUUAAGGGGGGUUACUUUUAUCAAAAGUUAUUUCUCUGUGUAGUUGAUCGCUCCUCUACAACUUGUAUGACAUUUUCUGUACACAACUUAUAAAAGAUGUUGGCUUUAAUCCUUAUUUGAGAGUGGCAAUUCUUUCACCCACAUAACUUUGAGAGCAUAAUUGAGAACGACUUUCUUGCCCUCCAAUGAGACUUAGUAAUUUGCUUCUUUGCUCAGAGAAGUACAGGUUCAAAAAUGUUUAUGUAAUCUGAGUUGCGAAAAGAGGGUAUAAAGAUCUUGUAAGAGUAGCAAGGCUUAGGAAAACUGUCUUGUAUUCUUGAGAUCUGUGUUCAUUGCACAUCGUCCUGAAAAAGGUUCUGCUGUUGCACGUUUUUACUUCGUACUAAUACGUGAUUGGCCUGUGGUUUUCCCAACUGAUAAUGGUUGUACAAUUCUACUGAUUUUAUUCUGGAUAGUCCCGAAACAAUGGAAAGUUAAAUACUGUUCAAUAUGAGUCUCCUGCACAAUUGUAUACAAUCAUACAGGGAAACAAAAAAAGUUAUGUUGAUGGCUGAGAUUUAAACGCAAGACCUACAUGCUGAAAAGCAACCUGAAUUUUUUUUUUGCCUCUGUCACAAUAAAUCAAUCUUUGCAGUUUCUCUA